CAUAAAGCAAAGAGCAGCGGGAAUAAAAAGCGCAGCGCAAGUUUCGAUACAAUGUCGUCGCAGACGCGCUCCGGCUUCGUAUUCGGCUUUAAUUCUCAGUCACAGCUGCGGUCGCGUUCGCCGUUGCCUAUAGAACACGCUAAUGUGUGCACAUUUUUAUUAGCGCCUCUCGCACUAUAGACGACUAUAACGUUCCUGUUGAUAUACCCAGCCGGAAUGUAGUGCAUUACACUACCAGAUAUGAAAAAGAUUACAGUGUAGCGGGGUACAGAACAUGUUAAAUAUACAUAAAUGUCGAAUCAAAAACGCGCCACUGCAAGAGAUUCAAAUAAAAUAACGUCGCCUUACAGUUACACGACAGAAUCAAAAUUUAAGCGCGGUCAUGAGCUCCAAAUGUUAGAAUAAAACAUUCAAAUGAGUCGCAAUCGCCUAAUUAAAAUCAGCAACAACAAUUACUAUACUAAUAAUAAAAAUAACAAUACCGACUACGCAACUUUUGCGACGACGUAGGGAAGGGCGCACUGGCGAGAGCAACGACCACGAAAACGCCAAAAAGAACCCAAUUCCCCAGCAGGUCGCGCAAGCAGCAAGCAAGCGAAAGAAGCAAAAGAAGCACAACAAAGAAAGAAAGUAAAGCUUUAAGUGAAAAUUAGGCCAAAAUUGGCAGCAGCGUCAACAACGUCAACAGUCUUUGCGACGGCGGUGUCGUCGGUCAAUAAGCAGCAACAACAAUAGCAACAACAACGGCAACAAACACAGCCACAGUAGCAACAAUAGUCAAACUGCGCUCUUGCUAUCGUAUCUUCCUUAGCUCUAUGACCGUUUUGUUUAAACAGCAAUAUUCAAAACAGAAAAAAUGGAGUUUCUGCAGAAUCUAUUCAGAAGCCCACAGACGAUGUUGUCAUCCUACAUUGAUUUGGACUAUUCACUAUGGCUUUAUCGCGUCCUAACGCCGUUAAUUGUCACAUUCCUGUUGCCGCUGGUCUUCGUGGCGCUCAUCUAUAUAUCAUUUUUGGUGCUUUUCAUCUAUAAGCUGCACAGGUAUGUAAUAACAUACUUACUAUCGAAAAGAAGUGUCAUAAUGCGUGCCGUACAGGCGGAUGGAAAUUUUUGGGAUGUUGGGCGGAAAAUUGUUGCCGCCAUUUGGGAUGCCCAUGCGCGAAUCUAUCACGGCUAUGAGGUGAUCGGCCUCGAGAAUAUACCCCAGGAAGGUCCGGCAUUGAUUGUCUAUUAUCAUGGUGCCAUACCCAUAGACAUGUAUUAUCUGAACUCGCGCAUGUUGCUGCAACGCGAACGCCUAAUCUAUACAAUUGGCGAUCGUUUCCUGUUCAAGUUGCCUGGCUGGGGCACCAUCUCGGAGGCAUUCCAUGUUAGUCCCGGAACUGUGCAGUCGUGCGUGAGCAUAUUGCGUGACGGCAACUUGUUGGCCAUUUCACCGGGCGGCGUGUAUGAGGCACAAUUCGGCGAUCACUAUUACGAGCUGCUCUGGCGAAAUCGUGUCGGAUUUGCGAAGGUCGCUUUGGAGGCAAAGGUGCCCAUAAUACCUUGCUUUACCCAAAAUUUGCGUGAGGGCUUCCGACAAGUCGGCAUUUUCCGGACGUUCUUUAUGCGGCUAUACAACAAAGUGCGAAUACCCGUAUAUCCGAUUUAUGGAGGAUUUCCUGUAAAGUUUCGCACAUAUCUGGGCAAACCCAUACCGUACGAUGAGAAGCUGACGCCGCAAGACCUUCAGAUUAAGGUGGCGACGGCGAUUGAGGAGCUCAUCAAUAAGCAUCAGCGCUUGCCGGGCAGCAUUCUACUGGCACUCUUAGACCGGAUACCAGCAUUCAGACAGAGUAGCAGCAGUGGCAGUGGCAAGGACAUCAACAACAGUAAUGGACACAGCGAAAACAGCAAUGCGAAGGACGAUUAAUGUCGAAAGCCGCCAAACUCUCUAAUGCUGUGUUAAUAAAUUUAAAGUGCUUUUCAAAACAAAACAAUUGUCCGUACGCCUGGCCCACCACAGACAUACUAUACAUACUACACACAUACAUAUGUGAGUACAUACACACACAUGUAUGUAUCCAAUAUAGUAUGUAUGUGUGUGUGUAUUUUGUCAAUUCACGGACCAAACUACUGCUGAUUCAGUCGAUGCCUGCCUUUAAUACAGAACCUUCCAAAAAGAAAGACCUACUUAAAUCAAAUUCGCCCGUAUACUAUAUUCUCUAUUUUAUGUAAAUGAUAUGAAUGUGUAUGUAUAUCGUCUUGUCUUCUUAAGUGCAAUAUAUUAUAAAAAUGUACCCAACUAUCUCUCACCUCCGAUUGAUAAGCAAGCAUCGUCGUCGCAUUGGCCGCCUUCUUAAAAUGCAUCUUAAGAUAUUCGUUCUGUUAGCCCUAAGUUGAAUGCCGAACAAAUUCAAUUGAAGUAACUAGUAACUCAUUCAAUCAAUUUUUUUUAUAUAUACAUAUACAUAUGAUAUACAAUUAGUGUGUAAUGAAAAUGAAAUGUAGUAGUUAUUUUUUUACUUGGACAAUAUAUCUCCGGUACUCCAUUGCUGUAAAUGUGCUCGCUUCUCCGCAACAGACUCGCAAUUAUGUACAAUGUAUUUGGUAUAAAGAACCGAGACCUUGUGUAUGUAUAUACUUAUAAGUAGAUUAGAUAUAUAUUAAAAUUAUGCAUAAACAUAUACACAUACAUAUAUGUAUGUGUAGAAACAUUGUAUGACUUUGUAGCCCUAGAGCAUACAAAAGUCAUGACAAGAGAGGGGAAAAGUUUAGCAAUAAAUCGGUUAACA